AUGAGUCAGAAAUACCAAGUUCAUCCAGGAACCCAGCCCGGGGAUCUCACGGCCACCACGGGGACUGGAGGGUCAGAAGCGCCGAAAAGGGCAACGCCCGCCCGCAAGGCGGGGGAGGGGGCGGGGGUGGGGCAGGGUAGGGCGUCCCCGCGGGCGCCCUACUCCCUCUCCCGGGCCUCCCCCGCCCGCCGCCGCCCCUCACCCGGCCUCGGGCCUGCGGGGGAUGGCGGAGGAGGCCCGGACACACUGACUCCCACUCGGAACCCACCUGCCCGCGAGUGCGAAGGGGUGCGCGGCAGCGGGAGAGCGGCCGCCCGCCUCCUUCCCCAUCCGGGGCGCCGGGGUCGGGUCGGCGGCCGAGCAUUUCCGGGGCUGCCACAACCUCCGCGGUUAGAGCGCCCUUCCUCGGCCUUCGCGGCCGCUGCUGCUCCCUCCUGGCCGCUCAGAGGAACUUCCGGCUUCUAUCCCGGAAAGAACGCUGUUUCUGUUCCAAGAUUUGACAAGAUUCCGUGGUUUAGUGAGGCCAGCCUCAUAAACAAGCCAUUAGUGCUCAGCCUCCCGAAAAGAUAUCCUCAUUCCUCUGCCACUUUUCUGGUUUCAUCCAAGAAGGCUAUGAAUUUGCCAAUUUUGUUCCAAGUUCCAGAUGUCUUAUCUAAGGCUGAGAGGAACCGGAGAGACCCCACGCUGAUCAGAAACAAGCAGCUGUGCUCCACGUGUCGAGAAAUGAAAAUGGUGCAAUCAAGAACUAUGAUAAUCCCAGAUGAUCUGAAACUAUCCUUUAGCAACUUCAUUAAUUUCAGAAUGAUGAGUCUUCAUCCACCAAAGGCCCAGACUGUACCCAGACGUCCUCGUGAUGACAUCCCAACAGAGGGCGCUCGCUACAGACUGCCCAUUCUGGGCCCCAGAACAGCUGUCUCCCGUGGACUGCUGUCAGAUGCCUACGACACACUGCAGGACAUGCAACUCUCUUCCUUGCCCAGAAAGGAACCAGUGGGCAAGACAAUGAGGCAGUGAGUGGUCGGAGCUCAUCCGCUUCCAGACUCUCAGAGAGAAAGCAUCCUCACCAAGCCAGUUUCUGACACUAGUGCCUUCUCAUCACUUCCUCUCAGCAUGAAAAAGAUGACUCAGGGGCUUCCCUGGUGGCACAGUGGUUGA